GCUGUUGCAGAAAGCUGCCUGUGACAUACAGAGCUGUGCCCGGCUUCCUCUCCUCACAGCACCAGCCAGCACCCUGGGGAUCCCAGCACAGAGAUAUGGGGGAGCCCUGCACAGCUGCUAAUUGCCUGCACUUGCUAGAUGAGGAGCUGCCACAAUAAGGUCACUUUAUGGGGAGCAGAAUGGAGACUAUGACCCUGAGUCUGGCUGUGUGCCUACUUCUGCUGCAGGGGGUCAGUCCCAGGAGACUUCCCAUGGACACUGGUCAGUGUGGGCAGCCCAAGGCGCAAGAGGAUCUGAAUUCUUUUCUGUGGACAAUUAAGAGGCAGCCCCCUGCUUAUCUCUUUGGAACUAUCCAUGUGCCUUAUACCCGGGUAUGGGAUUUCAUACCCCAGAACUCAAAACGAGCUUUCCAGGAUAGCAGUAAUGUGUAUUUUGAGUUGGAUCUCACUGACCCAUAUACCAUUUCUGCUCUGGCAAACUGUCAGAUGCUGCCCCAGGGAGAGAACCUUCAGGAUAUGCUCCCCAAGGACCUGUACAGAAGACUGAAGAGACACUUGGAGUACGUCAAGUUGAUGAUGCCUCACUGGAUGACCCCAGAUCAGAGGGGCAAGGGACUGUAUGCUGAUUACCUCUUCAAUGCCAUUGCUGGCAACUGGGAGAGGAAGAGACCUGUGUGGGUCAUGUUAAUGGUAAAUUCUCUAACCGAGGCAGACAUCAGGUCUAGAGGGGUUCCAGUCUUGGAUUUGUACCUGGCACAAGAAGCCGAGAGGAUGAGGAAAAGGACAGGUGCUGUGGAAAGGGUGGAGGAACAAUGCCACCCACUGAACAGGCUGAACCUAUCCCAGGUCCUGUUUGCUUUAAACCAAACGUUGCUACAACAUGAAAGUCUGCGGGCAGGAAGUUUCCAAGCUCCGUAUACAACAGAGGACCUCAUCAAACAUUACAACUGUGGCGACCUCCAUGCGGUGAUAUUUAACCAUGAUUCGUCCCAGCUCCCAAACUUUAUCAACACAACGCUGCCUCCCCAAGAGCAGGUGACAGCCCAGGAAAUUGAUAUUUACUUUAGACAGGAGCUUAUCUACAAGAGGAACGAGAGGAUGGCAAAGCGCGUAGUGGCUCUUCUGAGAGAGAAUAAAGACAGGAGUUUCUUCUUUGCUUUCGGAGCAGGUCAUUUUAUCGGCAAUAACACGGUUAUUGAUGUGUUGAGACAAGGUGGAUAUGAAGUUGAACAUACUCCAGCUGGGAAGCUAUUACAUGAGACAAAUACACAAACCGUUCCAACCUCAGAUGAUGCAGUUGCUACGGAUACCCCAGCAAUGAGGUACUAUGACCAUGAGCCUUCAACAUCUUCCUUCUCUGAAGAGUCAGAUGAUGAGAUGUUGCCUCCUCACCUUUUGCUACCAGACAGUAUUAGCCAGUUGGAAGAGUUUGGGAAGCACAACACCUGGCAGAGAAAACAUCACAGAAAUGAUAGGCGUCGCAAGUUUAAUGACCUCUGGGUCCGUUUGGAUGAUGGUACAACCACGGUGCCUUCAAAUACAAAUGGUGAUGAGACUGCAGAAACAUUAAUGUGGCUUCCUAAUGAAGAAUACCAACAAACUCAACUGGACCUAAAUAUAAAUGUGCCCGGCAACAAAGCGCCCAAGUACCUUACACCAUCCCAAGCCUUACUCUAUGCGCUCUUAACUCUGUGUCUCAUUACAGCAGUGAGACCACCGUCCUGACAUCACACGUUCAUACGUGGCCUAAUAUGUGACACUCAAUAAGUGCAUUAACAAAAGCAACACUAGUGAGGCUGAUUAAUUAACCCUUGCCACUAAUGAAAAAAGGUGAUACAAAGUCUGCAAAAUGUUUGAAGGACAUUAGCUUUAUAAGCAGAACAAAGCAUAAAAUAAUUGAUGAAAGAACAAAAAUAUAUUUGCUCUAUAAAUAAUCAAAUUAUUGUCUCAAAAAUUCCCAAGUGCCUGGUAGUGUUAAUCAUCCCCUUCAUGUGAGUAUAAUGUUCUUCUCUCUUCGUUAUUUGUCCUGAGCACAAUCCACCAACAUGCAAUUUGCAACAGAAGUAAAAUAAUUAUAUAAUGUACAGACCCUUUGUGUGACUUUAGAAUGCUCUCUGGAGGCAGCCAUCUUGGACUCUCUAUUUACAUACAAUAGUACAGAAGAACUAACGUGUGUUUGUUUCAUUAUUAAUCUCUUUAGCUUUUACAAGCCUGUCUUACUACCCUGGCAUUUGUGUUUCUAAGACAAGACAGGGAGGGUAGAACUAAAUGCAGAUAUGCAAUGCUAGAAAUAUAUAUUUAAAUCAUUUUUGUCAUAUUCUAAUUCCAUUUACUUUUUUCCUCCUGCUUCCUAAUAGUAUACAAAGUACAGAACAUCUGUAUACAGUGCUCAGAUAUUCAUGAUAAUGUUGCCUGGGAGAGACCAUGCAGACAGGUUCUUUGCCCCUAGUGAUUUAUUUUGACCUUUUGCCUUUAAUUGUGAGUUUUCCAAUUCUGGGAAUUGGAAGUGGCCACUGCAGACUCCAUAAACCUAAUCUUGCUGCAUACUGGUCCCUAACUGGCCCCAGCAGAAGUGACAAGAUUUGCUAACAAAAUAACAGUGCCAAACCUUGUCUACUCCAAUCACAAGUCUGGAAUGGCUCUUCCAAAUAAGGGAAAUAGCAGAGGGGGGGAGGUAGUUUGAAUACAGUAAACGCAAUAGCAGCAAACAAACACUGUGUUAAUGUAUUCAGAAAGAUGUCACACUAUGGCAGCAUGUUAAUUUGUUGCAAGGCUAUACUUUAUAAAGUGCUUUAUGUCUAUUUCAAGUGAAGUUCUGAGAGCUUCCUACUGACUGUGGGCAAUUCAUCCUGUCAGCCACUUAUCUCAGGUUGUUAAAAGUCUUGACUUUGACAACGAAUAGAGAAGUAGCAGAAAUCAAUACAUUUAAUGUGAAAAAUAAAUAUUUUAAGGUACAUUGUUUACAUGGUGCUUAAUAACUUUAUUAUUCUCCCUCUUACACAUAAUAGCAUUAAAGGAAAAGACCCAGAUGUUUUAUGAUGCAAAUAAAUGGAAAUUGUAUGCAUUAAAUGUGUGAAAUAAAUCCUACAAGUACAGCUUUAUGCUGAAGCACAUAUUUUUGACAUAUUUUUCUCAACCCUUUUCCCUCUUUAUUAGUUAAACACAAAACACAGGCUGCUUCUCUAACUAGCUGGCUGGUCAAAGUCAAAUGAUUUCUGAAAUUUAAAGAGGGGGAGAUGUGAGCUGAUUAAAAUCAAAUCAAAUCUGAGCUUAAAAAAAAAAGUAAUUUAAUUUUCAGGGUUUUCAAAAUAUGGCACAACAGAAAUUAAUAUUUUAAAAAAGAGAAAAAAUAUAUAUCCCUUUAACUCUGGCUGCUGUGCCAAAUAAACCACAUUUAACUGGCGUUUAAUAAUGUUAGCUAAAGAUAUAGUGCCCAUUAUUUAAGGGAAAGGGAACAUAAUUGCAUUUACAUUAAAUUCAGAGUGUUUAAUAACAAUAAUAUCUCGCUUUAUGGCAUGGAAAUGCAAUGUGUUAGUUGUGUUAAUUUUUCAUUAGGAAGUAAUCUGAUAGCAUUUUCCUAACUCGUUUUGACAAGUCAAGAUUACUCUUUAUGCCACAGUCUUCUAGUUUAAUUAUUUGAAUAUGUUAUGGGACAAUAUAACCUUAAAAUGCUUCCUUAAGAAUCUUUGAUAAUAACCUAAACUUGGCCACCUCUACUUGUAAGACCUUUAAAGGGACAGUCAACACUAGAAUUGUUAUUGUUUAAAAAGUUAGAUAACACCUUUACUACCCAAUCCUCAUCUUUGCACAACCAACAUUGUUAUAUUAAUAUACAUAAUAACAUUCAAACCUCUAAAUUUCUGCCUGUUUCUAAGUUACUAUAGACAGCCUCUUAAUCACAUGAUUUUUUAUUUGUUUUUCACAACAAGAGACUGCUAGUUCAUGUGGGACAUAUAGAUAACUUUGUGCUUACACCCUUGAGUUCUGCACAACACAACUAAAAUGCAAGUCAAUAUAUAAUAAGUAAAAAGUCAUGUGAUAAGGGGAUUGUCAAAAGAAGCUUAGGGGCCGAUUUAGAGUAUCAUGUAGAGUAUCAUAUCCGCCGCACAUCGAUAAAUGCUGACAGCAUACGCUGUCAGCAUUUAUCAUUGCACAAGCAGUUCUUGUGAACUGCUUGUGCAAUGCCGCCCCCUGCAGAUUCAUGGCCAAUCGGCUGCUAGAAGGGGGUGUCAAUCAGCCCGAUCGUAUAGGAUCAGGCGGAUUGAAGACCACAGCCUCAGAGACAGUGGGCAAGUUAUGGAGCAGUUCAUGACUGCUGUUUCCGGCAAGCUUGAAGGUGCUUGAUAAUUCGGCCCCUUAGAUACAAGGUAAUCACAGAGGUAAAAAGUAUAUUAAAUUAACCAUGUUGACUGCAAAACUGGGGAAUGGGUAAUAAAAGGGAUUAUCUAUCUUUUUAAACAAUAACAAUUUUUGAGUUGACUGUCCCUUUAAAACUACGCAGCUGGAAGGACCGGAGCACUGGACAAUUUUUAACCCCUCAAUAUUAAUGGGUAAAUGUUACCAUUUGGGCCUUCAAAUUAUAACACAAACAUUCAUCUUGACAAUAGUUCUGCUAUUUCAAUGUUUCCAUAGAACCAAUAUUAAUAUUUGAAUAAUACAUUUCGAAAUUGAUUGACAUUGACUUACAUUGAAGAAUCAACAUUUGAAUUUUUAUAUAUGAAAAUUUAAAUUUGAUAAUUGUUACAUACAAGGGCAAUAAUUACCCCCACACACACCCAAUAAAGAAUGAUUACUGAAUCUUCUGUAAAAAUUUGACCAACAUUUAUUAUUUUUAACGAGUGUGCUGACAUUUUCACCUAUCCAUAUCAGUCAUGUUAUUGGCUCAAUAUCUUACUAGAAAAAAAAAACUAAAAAACGCACACAUUAUUGGAGGCGGAGACAAUAAUAAGAGAUUCUGUUAUCAAAUGAAAUCUUAGCUGAAUGGAGGAGAUAUUCAACGCAUAGAGUAGACAUUUUCACGCAACAAAGCGUGCAAUGAUAUUUAUUAACUUAAAAAAACACACAGCCUUAUUAGCAGAGCCCAUUUUACCUCCAGGAUUGCAGAAAAGUGUAUUUUGUAAACUCUUGGCUGUGUUCUAUUUAGUUAACCCCUGGAGUGCUGAAGAUGUCUCAGAGUAAUGUGUUAUAUUAUUCUUCAGGUCCUGUAAGGGUAAAUUUUCACAAUACAAUCACAGAUAUUGUCUUAACAUCUUCUUUUUGUAGAAGGAUUCUUUAUUUCCCAUAGUGCUAUGGGGCUUUGUAAAAUAUUGUGUUCAUAAAAAAAGUGUAUUUAUUCCUAUUUGUUUCCUGUACAAUAACAUUCUAUUAAAAUGUAGUGCCUUAAAAUAGCUAAAUUAAUAUUUUAUAUUGCACACGUUUAUUGAACAUAAACACAUCCAAAUUAAUGUUGUUUUAUGCAAAGAUCUGUAAAAUAUAUAUGGAAAAAUAAACUGAUACGAUCUGAUUAA